AUGACACGAAAACAGGGGCUUGGCCUCGGGUUCCAGGUGCAAGAGGAUAUGGAUAACAGGAAGGAUGAAAAACAUAGGACACUGUGUGCAACUUCACAGGAAGAGCUGAAAGUCCAAGGGAAAGAAAAAAGGAAACGAAAACGCAGUAGAAGCAGAUCAUCAUCCAUUUCAUCCACAUCGUCUUCCAGCACUACAUCUGCUUCUUCCUCCUCGUCACGCUCAUCAUCAAGGUCAUCAUCAAGUAGCAGAGAUUCUCCUAAGUCUAAAUCAAAGAAAAAGAAAAAAGAAAAACACAACAAAAAGAAAAGGAAAAAAGAGAACAAAAUGAAGAAAAAGAAAGAAAAGAAGAAAAAGAGAGAGAAAACAGGACCUGUCCAGCUUUCCAAGUUCUUUAAAAACAAAAAGAAGAAUGAAAACUACAGCAUGAUAACUGGAAAGAAAAUUAAGAUGAAAAUAAAGAAGACCAAGAAGGAUAAAGAGAGAGACCGGAACCGUGCAGAACUCCUUGAAUUUCUGAACUCUGCAUUAUAACGGGAAGAGUAUUGACCAAGGACUUGUAAAUAUACCAAGCCAAUGAUCAUCAUGCCUAGCAAAAUGCUAAAAGGAAACUCAGGGAAAAGGACGCCAAGUUUGACAAGACCAGACUCUCCUGCUGAGAAGACAAUCGGGAUGUCCUUUUUUAAUGGCAAAACGGAGGGUAACUGAUAACUUGUUAAUGAAGAUCCAUGUCCUUUUGAGAUCCUAAGGUAAUAGCCAGGCUGUGGUGUUUUAGAAGAGCCUAAGAGUGUGUUGUUGACAAUGAUAAGAAAUGACACACUCAAGUCCAAUAAUGUAAUUUCUAUCCUAACUGCAUGCAGAAAACACUCUCAAUUUCAAAUGUCUUAAUGUUUCUAGUAGUUUUAAGCAAAACAGAAUAUUUGUAAAUGUCUAUUUGAAAGAUGAGGCAUUUCCAUAUGUGUAUUUUUUCCAGCACUGGUUUUACUUGUUCCAAAGAGCAAGUUGACCUUUGUAAAUAGAACAUGCUUUUACAUAAAUGAUUUUUUUGACA